UUAAAAUUAAUGACGAAAUUUUAUUAUCAACAGUAACAAUAUUAGAAAAAAUUAAUGGCAAAUUUUGAACCAAUUCCACAUGAAAAUUUUUCCGCAAAAGAUAUUGAUAUUGUUUGUCGUAUUUGCUUACUUCACAAGCAAAUAUUAUAUUCUAUUUUUGAUCACGAUAUUGAUAAAAUACUGCUAGCUAUUGUACGGUUUCCGAUUACUAAAAAUGAUGGUUAUCCGCAUCAGAUUUGUUCUAAGUGUUACAAAGAUGUCGUGACAGCCUAUCGUUUUAAAAGGCAAUGUGAAUAUGCAUAUAAUAUUGUUAAAUCUGUUUUAAAAACUUCAGAGAUUUCAUGCAAUAAGUGUUCGACAAAUUUUUGUAGCAAUUCGAAUUUAAAAAGACAUUUAAAAAACAUUCAUAGGAUUGAUUGGAACAUAGGGACCCCACUGCCAAACGUGUCUAACGUAAUUCAAAAUGCUCAUUCAAGUAGUUUCAAUGAAGAGGACAAUAUUGGAGAAAUUGCGAAGAAACACGAUGGUUAUGUGUAUGAAGAAAACAAGUUAUUUGUAGAUCCGGUUGUUGAAAACAAUGUUGUGGAAAACUGCACUAAUACAACCCUAGACAUAAAAGCCAAAGUUGCAAAAUAUGAAAUUAGCGAGGCUUCAGAAAUAGAUAUUGAAAAUUCUGAAAUUAACGCAAAUAUUUCUUUCAUUCCAACUAAAAAGCCAACUUUUAAAGAAUUAAUAUUAUCGAAAUUUGAUAAAAACGAAGUUAAUAUUCAAAUAUUGAAUUAUCUGGAUCUCAUGCCAGUAGAUAAUCGUGCAGAAUAUGAAAAUUUGGCGCAACAAAAAAGAGAUCAAACAAAAAGAGCCUAUGAAAUCUUACGUAAAGUAGGUAGAAGUAAGACUCGAGCAUUAAUUACAAAAAAUAAAGUAGCAUUGAAGUUUAGUGAAAAUGAAAAAUUCGAGUGUUUAGAAUGCAAAAAAAAAGUUGAAAACGCUGAAGAUUUUCGACGUCAUCAAUUAUCUCAUGCAGAAGAACCAAAACCUUAUGCUUGUGGAAUGUGUUCCAAAUUAUUUUCACAUUUAGAUUACUUAAAGUAUCAUUUGAAAGAAUUUCAUCAGAAUGUAAAAUUAGACCAAAGUUUUCAAUGUUAUAUAUGUAAAAGACUACAUACGUGUUCUUCAGAUCUUUCGGAUCAUAUUAAUAUUUGUUUGGGGGAAAAGCGCAUAUUUUCAAAACAACCACUUUUUCAAAUCAAAGAAAAGGAAUGUAAAGAGGACACCGUGGUUUACUCAAAUCCAAGCGAUGGCAAUUCUAAUCAAGUGCAACACAAUUUUGAUAAAUUUAACUAUCAAAGUUUCAAAAACGAAGCUUACUAUAGCAAAGCGCAGAACCUUAACGGAGAAUCAAUUCAAUACAGCAAAAGUAGUUUUAAAUCAGGUAAUGAAAAUCCUCUCCAUUCUCGGGAAGAAACGAAAUCUAGAGAAUUUUUCAAAAAUUUAUCAGAUCAUUCAGUUUUGGAGCUAAUCACAAAGAAAAUUCAAAGCAUUAAAAGAAAUGAUAAUGGAAAAUUCGAAUGUGAAUUAUGCCAAAAAGAAUUUAACCGAAGAGCUCAUGUAAAACGUCAUUAUUUAACGCAUUCAACAGCAAAACCGUUUGCAUGUAAAUUCUGUAGCUCUCGAUUUUCCUGUGCUGAAUACCUUCAAACUCAUAUGAGCAGAGUUCACUGGGUCAAAAAUUUCCAGUCCAUUAAAAAUAAACCAAGGGAAUCGUCAAACUCACAAUGUUUUACACCACAUGAAACUGUAGUCAGAAGAAGAAGAAUGAUUGACGUGAUAAAAACAUCCGACGGAAAAUACCAAUGUAAAUUCUGUCAAAGGCUUUUUAGUAGGUCAGAUCAUGUUAGAAGACAUGAAGUAAUACACUCACCAAAAAGCUUCAAGUGCACAUUGUGCCCAAGAAAGUUUUCAACGCCAGACAAUUUGAAAAAGCAUCUUGUUACUUGUAUUGCCAAAAAAGAUUUGGAAGCUCAAGACUAUCAGAGAUUAUUAAGUACAGGAUGGAAACCUUCAAAGAUAUUAAAAGAUUCGAAAAAGUAAUGAAUGUUGUUAUUUGCAAGAUUAAAAAAGUUGUUUUAAGUUUUAUUAAAAUUCGCAUAAAUUAGACUUACUAAAAUUAAAAUUUUGUGGCACCUGUAAACCGGUUGUAACAAUAUUUCUUAAAAAAUUAAUACAUUCCAAUUCUUGU